AUAUUACCAGCAUUGAGUGACAGCAGUAGAUAACAGAGCAGAAAAGAUAUUGGUGGUUGAAGAAAUGACACAUGAAAGCUAAAUUUUAUUCUAUCUCUUAACAAUAUCCAAAAUUCAAUCCAAACAAACCCUAGCUAGCUACUUCUUCAGCGUUGCAACCAACAACAACAAUGAGCAUCUUCUCUGCAACGCUAGGUUCAUUCAAUGCUAUCUCUUUCCUUUCACUCUCACAUUCACAUUCACAACACGACACUUUCAAUUUCUUCCCUAAAUUCCCUCACAAGUUACAAUACUAUCGUCAUCAUAAUCAUCAUCACAACACUUGUUCUAAAAUCAUGAUGGUCUCUAGUAGUAGUAGUAGUAAUGAUACUCAAAUCGAUGAAUUCGACACUGCUCUUCUUCAACGCCCUUUUGCUCCUAACUCUCUAGAUACUCUUCGUCAAGCCAGGAGAUCGUCAGAUUGGAAGGCUGCAAAUGCAUACAAAGAUAGUGGACUCAUUUACAAUGGUAGGGUUGAGGGUAUUAAUUCUGGAGGCCUGCUGCUUCGGUUUUACUCUCUCAUGGGAUUUCUCCCGUACCCACAGUUGAGCCCGGUGCAUUCAUGUAAAGAACCAAAUAAACCUAUCCAAGAAAUUGCAAAAGACAUGCUUGGUUCCAUCUUAUCAGUGAAGGUAAUUGAUGUAGAUGAGGAGUCAAGGAAAUUGGUCUUAUCUGAAAAGAAAGCUUCCUGGUCUAAAUAUUCAAAAUAUGUCAAUUUAGGGGACAUUUUUAUAGGAAGAGUCUGUUCUGUUGAGGACUAUGGUGCUUUUGUUGAGCUGCGCUUCCCUGACGGUCUUUAUCACCUUACUGGACUAAUACAUAUCUCGGAAGUGUCAUGGGAUCUAGUUCAAGAUGUCAGAGACUUCUUAACAAAAGGCGAGGAAGUUAGGGCCAAAGUUAUCAGUGUUGAUCGCGUAAAAUCAAGGAUUACACUGUCAAUUAAACAGCUAGAAGACGAUCCACUUCUAGAAACUCUGGACAAAGUGAUUCCUCAGGAUGGUUCAGCUGCUCCUGAUUCUGUCAGUGAUAUUAUUAAGCCCCUUCCAGGACUUGAAACAAUUCUUGAAGAACUACUGCAGGAAGAUGGCAUAUUUGAUGCAAGAAUCAGCCGUCAGGGGUUUGAAAAAAGAGUGGUCUCACAAGACUUGCAGCUUUGGCUUUCUAACGCACCUCCCAUGGAACAAAGGUUUACUCUCCUUGCUCGAGCUGGAAGACAGGUGCAAGAGAUACUUCUGAAAACAUCCCUUGAUCAGGAAGGUAUCAAAAAGGCAAUACAACGAGUUUUGGAGCGUGUUCCCUAAAUCUUUAAAAUCACAAUAAUUUUGUACAGCUUUCACAUUUUUAAAGUUUCAGAAAGCCAUAACAUUACACUUGUAUUAUGAUGUAAUGUAAAAACACUCCAUUUAUUCACAAUUUCCUUUUAUUUAA